AUGGAAAUCCUUUCCUUCCCUGACCUCAUCCUUCGACGUCUACUCCUGACACUAUCCCCUUCAGAAGUGUUCCUACUCUCUCUGACGUCAUCAGAAGACGUGAAGUGCCUCGUAAAAAAGAAUCUAUACAAAGCAGAAGAGGUUUGGAUGGAGUUUAUGGACACUCGAUGUGAUAGAAGGGUGACUUUCACGAUUCGUGUCAAGGGAGUUAGUUAUAGGAUACUGUACCUCGGAGAGAUGGAAUUUCAAGAAGGGGAGCAUAAGAUGGUCAAGUGGGGAACGCAUACGAGAUAUGAAUUCACCGACGACACUGUCCUAUUCUACUCCUCCUUUCCUGUCACACAAAAAUGCAUCCAACUCCAAGAAAUCCAUUCCUACAUUUGCAAUCUUUUCAAAUGCAAUCCCUCCCAACUUCCCAUUCGAUUUGAUCAUUGGUUUAAUUUCCGACUCCUUUCUCCAGGCUCUGUGAUCAAAAGUGUGCUUCUAAACAAUCCAAGAAGUCGAAUAGGCUAUGAUGACGUCAACCUCUUUUACAAAAACCAACCGAAGCAAUCGAUAGCUGUUCUGGAGAGAGCAUUCUGGAGCACGAUGAAAAAUGAUCAUGCAUUGUUGAAAGUUCCAAAUGUGAUCAUUCGACAUUCCUUACACAACGUUCGGACCUUUUUUCUCAACUUCCAGGGGGAACAUGGAUUGUUCCAGAAGGCGAAAAUCACGGAAAUUGUUAUCUUGGAGUUUUUGAAGAAAUGGAUUAAUAAGGAUAUGGAAAACUUGAAGACGUUCAUAGCCUAUCAACACGAGCUGUAUCACGAUGGAGAGUAUUCCUUGAGCCGGGAAUCCCUGAAAAAGGGGCGGAGCUUCGAGGGGGCGGAGCUUGAGAAAUGGAAUCAGGAGAGGUUUUAUUCUUACAAUUCAGAAUCGAAAAUGCACCGAAUUCUCUUACAAUCAUUUCACGACGUCGUCAAUCAGGAGAUUCUUCGCAAUAUGAAGCCUUCUGAAAUUUUUCUCACGUCAAUGACAUCGAAGAAAACAAAGAAGCUUAUCAAACGAAAUAUCUAUAAGGUGGAUGAAGUUGGAGUGAAAAUAUCAAGACCAAUUUAUGAGAUUCGUGCUGUUGUUUAUAUUAAAAUCGGAAGAAAAAUCUGUUAUGUUGUGGGUUUGGAUUUCACAGAACAUCAACUUUUGAAUCAAUUUGUUGAUUGGAGAGUCAAUAAUAGCUAUCAAUUCUUGGAAAAUAUUGUGGUCAUCCCGUCGAUAACAGCCAAUGAUUGGAACUGGCCAGCAACUCGUCGCCAAAUUCAUUCAAUUCACUCCUAUGUUUGCGAUGUGUUCAAUAUCGAUGCAUCCAACCUUUCCGUCAUGUUUCCGUCUGGCACCCAUCCCGAAUGCUUUGACAUUGGAACAGUGAAGAAAUGUACAAUGACAGAUGCAUACCUCGAAAAUGCGAGUACAAUCGAAUUAUUCGACCAACAAAAAAAUAUGAAUCUAUUGGUUGUUGAAUCCAGCCGAGAGAUAUUGGAUACUGGAAGUAAAGACUAUUAUCGACAUAUACCUACGGUAAUCCAACGCAACGCAAAGUCUGGUGCGAAUUUGUUAUUAACUCGAUUUCAAGGACAACAUGGCUUAUUGGAAAACUGCUUUUUGAACGGAUUCUAUGUGAACGUGUUAAUGAAAAUGUGGAGUGAGAACAAAAUAGACAAUUUGGUUUCGAUGAUUGCUUAUCAGUCUGUCAAUCGUCCGUUUGAUUAUGAAAAAGUUGUGCAAGUUUUGGAAGAUAGGAUGGGAAAUUCUGAAGGGAAUUUUUUGAAGGCGUUGCGAGUGGAAAAGCUAUCAGAGAAGAGAAUCUAUCCAUACGAGUCAAUAAUCACCCAGGAGCACCAAUUCGAAGCUGGCACAUUUGAUUGUGAUGCUGGAUAUGAUGUCGUCCGGAAUUCGGAUGGAAAACAUGCGACGAUUAAAAUAUCCAAAGACUAUUUUAUGUUUUUUGUUUGGCCAUAG